UCACGCCUACAGUUGCUUGUUGAGAGAAGCAAAAAAUGGAUAUGCCCAAACUACAAUAUGAAGCCGUGAUCACCGUGCCUCCGUUGAAGAUAACAGUACCGCGGCGAGUUCGCCGAGUUUUGGUGAGUGAUCCCAACAUCGACGCAGGAAAGCUCCGCGGGUGUUACCAAGUGGUUAUGUACUAUGAGAAUGUGAACGAAGAAGAGGGCUUUGGAUGGGUUCUUGCUGGGUGGAUCGUGGAGUCGCUGGGCAUAGCUCUCUCGGAGAACCCAAUGCUCGCCGGCCGGCUCCAGAAGAAGGCUGAUCAAGGAGAGGGUGGUGACACGGAAAUGGAAAUUGUCUCUAAUGAUUGUGGCAUUCGAAUGGCGGAGGCUCGAAUCUCCAUUGCUCUCUCUGACUUUCUUGAAUCCAGCGACAGGCAUAAUCUUGAGCACGACCUUGUCUUCUGGAAGGAUAUCGACGAGCAGAGCCCUGAGUUCUCACCCCUGUUUUAUGUUCAGGUGACCAACUUCAAGUGUGGAGGGUAUUCCAUCGGCAUCAGCUGCAGUCUGCUGCUGGCAGAUUUUCUGGUGGUUGAUAAUUUCCUGAAGAAAUGGGCAGACAUACACAAGAACGAGGCUCUACGUAAUGGAGAGACAAAAACCCCGUUAUUUUACCAUCCUCGUCUGAAAAAUCCCGAGGUUCCUCCACCAAACAUAAUUCGACGUACACCAUACAAAAACGGUGGUCAAAGCUUAUUGUUCAAAAUCACUUCUGAAGACUCCGAGUUCGAGAGAGAAUCAGCUCGGCUUUGUGUUCAGGAGGCUGAGAAAAGGCUGCAAAGAAAAAUGGGGUCCAAGUUUUCUUUGUUUGUGAAAGAACGAUCUGAGGCAAUGAAGGCGGAGACUUGUGCAUAUAAUAGGCAGGCGCUAGGCCGAGGCCUCAAGAAUCAAAUGACCAGUACAACAUGGGAUGAGUUCGGAGCGUACGACAUAUCGUUCCAUGAAGAAAAGAAGCCUGUGCAUGUGUCUCGUUGGAUUGGAUCGGCUUCUGAAGGGAAUGUUGUGGCAGUCAAAUAUCCAAAGGAAGGUGUUUCUGCUGUGAUUGUAGUUACACUUGCUGCAGAAAACGGAAUUCUGAAUUGAUGCAUAUGAAAUGUAAGCAAGAACAUUUACCUGUGAACUAAACUUGCUGCAGAAAACGGAUUUAAUUUGUGGGCGUCUUGUAAACUUAUAUCUUACUCGUCAAAUUGUGAUCUGUAGAAAUUUGCUUGGCGUAAAACUUUACGAGUUUAUGUGUUA